CCUGGCUGAGGUGAUCCCCGGGUUUAAAAGCGCCUGAGCCCUCCCCGCGACCAAGCGGUGCGUCACAAGGAUUCAGACGAGCGAAGGAUUUCCCUCUCCCUAAACCAUAAAAGUGUAUGUCCAAAAGUAGCUUUUCACCAAACAUAGCAUCCAAAUUACAGACUCAUUUCUGCUCUCCAUAUCCAGAUGUUACAGAGUUAUUCUCUCCAGCAAUACGUUUAGUUUUUUUCAAUAUAAUCUUUCUCUACGUAGGUCUAAUCAUUCUCAUUCAAGACUUUUUUUGUGGUUUUAGCUUUUUCGUUGUUUUUCAUGGUUGUCUUGUGAGACAGAAAAGGAUAUCUUUAUCUAUAGCCAUUGGAGUGUAAAAUCGACGAUUUAUGGAUAAAGGAUUGCAUCCAGCUGCUGCCAUAUUUAAAGUUUGACUUUUGGACCAAUAUACUACGUUGGGACUAAUAGUAAAAAUGAAAUCUGCUGAAGAAGAUGCACAAAGCUACACCCCCAGUGUCGCCCUGUCCCUCUCCCUGGAUAAUCCCUGCCUUCCUUCCCAGUACCACAGCCUCCAGCUCAGCCCCGCAGUCCUCUCUCUCUGCCCGUCCCCCCGCUCUGAGCGGCCCCAGGACAUGAGGGGGGUGGGCGCUAGCUUCCAGCCCCCAGGGGGGCGUGCCAGCGACGCGCCCGCCCUCGAGAGCCCUCGCAUCGAGAUCACCGCCUACGGCCAGUUCCCCGAGGAGGAGUCGGAGGAGAGCAGCCUCCCCGCGGCCAAACACGUGGCUUCGGUGGUGACGCUCUCUCUUCCACACGCAGACGGUUACCGGAACCCCGGCUGCCUGAGCCCUGCCAGCAGUGGCUCCUCUCGGAGCUGCCACUCAGACGCCUCCUCCUACGAGUCCGGCUUCUCCUACAACUACGACCACUCCCCCCAGAACUCCCCCUGGCAGUCCCCCUGCGCCUCCCCCAGAGGGUGCUCCUCCCUGGGCUUGCCUGGGGACCCUGGCUCCCUCUCCCCCUCCACCUCCCCCCGCACCGGGAGACCAGACAGCUGGAUGGGUGUCCAGAGAGGCGGCUCGCGUCCUAGCUCCCCCGGGAAGAGGAAGUACAGCUUCAAUGGCUCUUCUUCCAUCAACCACCACCCCCCCCACCCCCCCUACACCCCCGACCCCUCCCCUGGGCCGUCCCCCCACACCUCCCCCCGCCUCAGCAUCACGGAGGAGUCCUGGCUGCCAAACACAAACCAGUACACCAACUCGGCCAUCGUGGCGGCCAUCAACGCCCUGACCACGGAUGUUGGGGUGGAUUUGGGGGAGGGGAUCCCCCUGAAGGCCAGGAGAACAGGCUUGGAGGCCGGCAUGCCAGCAGGCCUGAAGGUGGAGCCUGGGAGGGGGGGGCUGCGCCCAGAGGAGGUCUGUCAGGAGGAGUACCUGGCAUCCUGCCUGCCCUUGAAGAAGGAAGGCUACUGUGGAGGGUUCUUGGAUGUGCCCCAGCCGUACUCCUGGUCCAAACCCAAACACUAUCUCAGUGUUGUCCUCUCCUCCAGCCCCUCUCUGCCUGGCCUCGACUGGCAGCUGCCCUCAAGCAUGGGGUCCUACAGCCUGCAGAUCCUCAUCCAGCCCAAGUCCCACCACCGAGCUCACUACGAGACAGAGGGCAGCCGCGGGGCGGUCAAGGCCAUGGGGGGAGGACACCCCAUGGUGCAGCUCAGCGGCUACGAGGGCAGUGAGCCGCUAACCCUGCAGCUGUUCAUCGGCACUGCGGACGACCGUCUCCUGCGCCCGCACGCCUUCUACCAGGUCCACCGCAUCACGGGCAAGACGGUGUCCACGGCCAGCCACGAGACCCUGCAGGCCCAGACCAAGCUUCUGGAGCUGCCCCUGCUGCCGGAGAACAACAUGAGGGCCGUAAUCGAUUGCGCGGGCAUCCUGAAACUUCGUAAUUCUGACAUCGAGCUACGGAAGGGAGAGACGGACAUCGGCCGCAAGAACACGCGUGUGCGGAUGGUGUUCCGCGUCCACAUCACCCAGCCGUCCGGCCGGACACUCUCUCUUCAGGCUGCAUCCAACCCCAUUGAAUGCUCCCAGAGAUCGGCCCAGGAGCUUCCCCUGGUGGACAAGCAGAGCCUGCAGAGCUGCGCUGCUCCUGGGGGGGACAUGAUGCUGCUCAGUGGGCACAACUUCCACCACCACUCCAAGGUGGUGUUCUUAGAGAAGGCACAAGACGGUCACCAUCUGUGGGAGACGGAGGCCAAGGUUGACAAGGACUCAUCCAUAUCUACGUCCCUCCUGCUGGAGGUCCCUCCAUACCGGAAGCAGAGUUUGUCCAACCCCGUCCUCGUCAACUUCUACGUUUGCAACGGCAAAAGAAAAAGGAGCCAAUACCAGAGUUUCACCUAUGUGUCUGCUAACAUUCCAACCAUAAAGAUGGAACCUCUCGACGACUUCGAAGCGUCCCUGCUGUGUGCCUCCACUGGCCUGGCCCCGGCCCCCAAGCCCCCCACUCCUCCCCAGGUCACACCCUGCCUGAUGCCCUCUGACCUCCGACCCUGCCUAGCUGACGGACCCUACUCUGCUUGCCAACAGAGACUGGAACAACAUCAUCCCCUCUCCUGCUCCUCCUCACCCAGCACCAGCCCCAAACUGCACCCCCUGUCCCCCUCACCUUUCUCCCAGUACGUCCCAGCAGAUCCUCCCCAGCCUCCCGCCCCACCCUCCCCCACCCCUCACGUCUCCAUCAUCCAGGAGACCCCCGGGCGGCUCCACCCACCCGGCAGUGCCUCCUCCCCCGCCUCGCAGCCCUCCAGUCCUGCCGCUGGCCCCGAGCGGCCCCUCUCCUCCACCCGCUGCCCGACAGCUCAGCCUGGUCGCAGCAGCCCUGUGGCCCAGCUGGUGCCCAGGACCCCAGAGAUCAGCCGUCUGCCCUCCAGCCUCCACAAGGAUGGGAGCCCCCCCUCGCUUACUGUCAGCGUCAAGCAGGAACCACAGGAACUGGACCAGAUGUACCUUGAUGAUGUUAACGAGAUCAUCCGGAACGACCUCUCCAGCAACUCUGUCCAAAGCAGCGCGUAGCAGAGACCUGAGGGGAAACAACAUACCAAACAUGUUUACAGCGUCUGCGUGGUCGGGCGAGACAGUAGCGCACAGGAGGCCCAGGAGGCAGAUAGUCGUCCAGGUUGUACAUUUCACUGAAGGACGUUAAAAUAGACUUAACAUUCAAUACGACAUAAAAUGUAUGAUCCGUUCUCCUACGGUCAUGUUGCAUGUACUUUGUAUCUCUCAAAACAAACCCCACCAAAGAGGAUUGGGACCUUUGACUUUUUAGAAAUUUGUAAAAGCCUAACAGUUAGUUUUGUAUACAGCUUUGUUGGUUGUUGAAAAAAAAAAGUGCCUUUUGACUGGAUAAGGAACAUAUUUUUGGUAGCCAAUGGUAGACUAGCAUGCCUGUUCAAUGGACUUCUUAAAAGACUGCACAUGUUUAGGUGCCGCAAUACAUUGAAGGAAUAAUGUCAAGUACAGCAGCAAGAGGUGUUAAUCAAGCUUUUGAAAAUCCUGUUCCAUUUCAUGGUCAGGUCCUAAGGACGGUAAGGAUCAUAAACAGACGGACCUUUCAGCAUCUCAGUUCUUGUGUCAUGUGCAAUGAUUUGUUUACUAUCAAGUCAUCAUCUCAAUGUUAUAAAGUCGAACAUAUCAGCCCUUAUUGAUCCCUGGAAGCGAUGCAAAAUGCCUGAAGAAGUUGUCUUAUCAAAGACUGUAUGGAUGAAUAGUAUCGUAGGUUUGUCGUUUUAAUAUACACCCUGCAAUUUUCCUGUAUUCCAAAGAAUCACUGAUAAUGAUGAAAAGCAAUAUUCUCAUGUUCAAGAUAAAAUAUCUUUUUUCUAUUGUCAUAUAUUUCUAUAUUUGUAGCAUUUAUACCUAUGUUUAUUUACACUUGUUCAUCAUAGAACAUUGCUAUCUAUACUCUUUACACAGAAAUACGAAUAUUCAUUUUUUUCUGUUAUUGAAUGCAAUUCUGAAUACAUGCUUAAUCCUUGGUUUCCUACUAUGAACUUUGAUUGUAUCUUAUGUUAGCACAGUAAGAACAGUAUAUUUAUGUAUAUUUAUAAGUCUUAAUUCAUAAGGUUUAAGGAAGAUGAUAUGUUAUUUGGACUGUGCAGAUAUUUGUCUGUGAACCCCAACUCUGUUUGUUUCAUGUAGCCUGUGAUGUCAAAUAAAAAACGUAGUCAGUGUC